CGGAUGUACAACUCCGCCGUGAUGACACCCCGGACACCCAAGAGAGUCUUCCGAGCAUGCCAGCGUUGCCGGCAACAGAAGCUAAAGUGCGACACUCAACGGCCGUGUACCCUUUGCGCAAGAACAGGGGUCGAGUGCGUCCCGGUUAUGAGAGAGCGUUGGAAAGCAUACGCGCCAUCGCCGCGCCCGAAUUUCUCUGCACCGAAUGAACAUGAUGGAAGGAGGAAGAGGCGACUCCCAGGGCCGUCUGAGCAAGCUCGAGGACGUCGCGCCGCUAGUCCUCGCGGGCAUGAGUCUACAGCUGGCGCUGAUGAGGGCAAUGAUGUAUCUCAUCCUACCGUGUCCAUCAGUGAAGAGCAAUUAGGUGGCUCGAGCUCGACCAUGUCCCUGGUUGACGGAGCGUUCCGACUGUACAACGCGCCAACCCCCGAAGUCCCGUUAGCCACUGCGAUUCCCGGUGGUGGCAGGACGUCCGCCAGAGUUACCAAGACGACCGGGGAUCGCAGUGACAGACCAGUACCUCGAAACCGGAGGUUGCUGGCAGCACAACCGGCUGUGAAGGAGCUGAUGUCCCUGCUCCCCAGCUAUAAUGUCGCAAAACUACUUGUUAAUACCUACUUUGACUGCGUGCACUGGUUCGUUUUGCUCUUUCACCAGGAUGAUUUUCGUCGGAGGUGGCAGGUCCUUUACGACACACCCUCGGAUCGGCGUUGUCGACACGAAGCGAAGAAUGAUUUCUAUGAUAUUGGGUUCAUUGGCUCAUUUCUAAUGGUCAUCGCUAUCGGUAUCGAGUACUCAGGUGCUCACCGCAGGGAAUUAUUAGCUGCAGCGCAGGUUGAUUGUGAGGCUCUGAAGUCGAAGAUCCUCUCCGCGAUCCGGUCGCACUUGCUCGACAUCGUCGCGUGGGGCAGUCUUGAAUCUGCCCAGACAUGUGUCCUCCUAGGAACAUAUUACCUCUUCCACGGAGAUCCAGGGGUCGCAUGGCCCGUGUGUGGCUGUGCUCUACGAACCGCGCUCGCCCUGGGCCUGCAUCGAAAGCAGCAACCGCCAGAAAAUAGUACAGAGCAGGCUCUUUGCGAGUGGCGGAAUCAGAAUGAAGCCCGGAAGCGAUGCUGGUGGGCAAUAUACGAGAUCGAGACGUUUUGCUCCAUGUCUUAUGGAUACCCUCAUUCGAUUACAAGCACAGACUGGGACGUUGAGCCACUCGACCCGUCUGCAAAGUGUCCAUCUCCUUCUUGCAUGCCCUCACCCGCCUCAUUCGGGCAGCCACUGCUGUGUGAGACUACCCUGUUGACGUACAAGUACUUGAUGUCGAAGCUCUCUGUGAUAAUCCAACAGGUGCUCGCCCAGCUUUACCGUAUCGGGUCCACUGAGGCAUCGGAAUCCUUUCCAUCUCCCAACAUGUUGUUAGCGCGGGUUGGCGGCCUCAAACAAAAGCUGAGUGACUGGAAAAAUGAGAUCCCCGCCGCAUUGAAUGUAUCGUCCCCCGGUAGCAGCUAUGCCUCCCCGGAAGAUUUAGACCGCGACGUGGGAGCAUCUGGGCCACGCUUCGAGAGCCACAUCUAUCAACUCCAAGCCCUGACCCUGCAUCUCGCUUAUGAGAAUGCUCGCAUCCUCAUCCAUAGGCCUUUAUUGUCCAUGCGGUUCAAAUCCCACACCAACCUAGUCAACAAUGCUCCCCCCAGCACUGGCACCGAAGGUCCACUCCUCGAUUCGCUACAGAUCUGUCGCGACGCAGCACUCACGACAUCCCGACUCAUCUUGGCACCUGUCAUGGCGCUUGCCGCAGAGACAUACGCCGCAGCCUUUAUCGGCAUCCACACGUUUACGGCAGCACUAACCCUGUGCAUCCUGUUCAGCACCGAUCCGCUCAGCCCGCAGUCCCACGAGGUCAAACUCGGUCUGCAGCGGCUGAUGGCAGUGCAGCAGAAGCUACGGGUGCACUCGCCACUCUCGGCGCAAGGGCUGGAGAUCCUGAAACAGCUUGUCAGACACGCCAUGGAGAAAGAGUGGGGUGCGUUGCUUGAUGCGUCGCAGGUGAUCUCUCAGGGCUCCGUCGCGACUCUGAUGCAGUCUACAACUGCACAUGCCACGGAGCCACCGCCGGGACCUGCCAACGACUUUUCCCACGACAUGCCCGCAUUAACUUCUGGCGAGACAUUUCCUGCACUAGUGCAUGGUACCGCAAUUGUUGAGCGAGACAUUCCGAGCCACGGACAAGAGUACAUUCCAGACCCCACUCUGCUGCAGGCUAUUGCGGAUGUUGAUCGAGCUAUCAAUUCCAGUUACUCUGCCGAGCUACCCGAGCAGGACAGUCCGAAUGGUCUUGGCUGGUCGUUGUCCGAUCAGCAGUUGUUCCCGGAGCAGGCUUGGAUAUGGAGUCUCGAUGCCGUUGAUUACUCGCAGUGUCUUUGA